AUGAUUGAGAUGACCCAUAUGGCCCCUUUGGACUUAAUAGGGUUGACCCCUCUGGAUCAUCUCCCGGCCAAGCUUGCCCUUCCUUACAUAUUGUACUUUGAUACCCCGGAUACCCAAGCUGCUCUCCUGAGUCUGCAGAAUGGCGUGGGCAAGCUAGUCUCUCAACUGCCAUGGCUAACUGGAGACGUGGUCCUCCAUACUCCCGAAGAUCUUAAAACCCGCUUGCACAUUGCAGCCCCGCAGGUUCCUAAUGCCGAAACACGCAUACUGCAGGUCAAGGAAUAUGACCGAGAUCAAGAUAUCCAAUCGACCCCUCUACAAUCAUACCUGCCUGUGCCCACUUUCAUUCCUGCCUCUGACCAGAGACCUGUGCUUCGCUUUCAGGCCAAUGUCUUCCCGGGCAAGAUUGUUCUGGCUAUGUGCUUCUGGCACAACGUCUUUGACGGCGGCGGUGCCGGAGUAAUCCUUGAGGCAUUGGCCGAAUGUAUCACGUCGACCGAGACUCCUAUUACCCAAAGCAUUGCAAGCAUACACUCUGGCCUUCGCAGCGCGAUUGGGAAGUAUCCUUCUUUGUGCAGAACUCGGUUGAACCACGAUGCUGCACUAGGCCCCCCCUUGUUCGACACCAAUACCUCCGCGGAACAGUGGACGCAAAUUGAGUCUGCCAUGGCAUCGGUAGUCCAGACCAAGCGAUAUGCCUUCAGUGCAGAGAAGGUGGCCAAGCUCAAGGAGGCUUGCAGCAUGAUUCUCCCAGACGUGACUACAGAGUCCACCUGGGUCUCUAGCAACGACAUCAUCACCGCCGUACUGGCGAUUUCGGUCGACCGUGUUCUACACCCGGAGCGAGCAAACAAGCAGGAGGUCGCUGACUUCCUCAUGGCCGUGGACCUGCGUAGAAAAGUUCAACUCCCAAAAACAUAUGUGGGCAACGUCAUCUACCCCAUACACGACGAUAUCUACUUCCGCGAUGGCCAAGCGGAGCAAAAAGAGGAUGCCGAUCUCUUCCACUUGACACAGCUUGCUGUGCGUGUGCGGAACACUCUCGCCUCUAUGGACGAUAACCUGCUCUACAGCGCCUCAGCUACCGUGGCCGAGUGUGACGACUGGACCAAGCUAGAAGGAAAGCCAGCCGAUAUUAUUAUAACCAGUUGGCGAGGGCUGAAGACCUACGCCUUGGACUUUGGUCCUACGAUUGGACACAUCACAGACUUCGAGCCUGGAUUCGCGCUUGUUCCUGGUGGCUGCAUCUUUUUGCCCGAACGGAUUGCCGAACAGGGCAAGGCGGCUCCACCGUGGGAGGUUUGCAUCACCUUGAAGACUGGCGAUGACAAGGCUCUUGUUGCAGAUCCCUUGUUUAGCCAAAUUCUGGCAUAG